CCCUCCAAAGUUAUGCCAACAUCUCCAUCUCCAUCUCUCCUCCACCACCACCACCAUCACCACCAACUCUUCUCUCUCCUCUCCUCCACCUCCCAUGGCCGAGAACUCACCUGAAUAAUCCCUCUCCGGCCAGCCACCGCCACAUUCCCUUCUCUGUCUGUCUCUCUCCAAAGUAAUGACUACUUCUCAUUGCCUGUCUUCCACAAGAAACGCCAUCACGCCCUCUCCCUUGUAUCUCCCCAAGUAUCGCCCCCCUUCGCUCCCCCAUGAGCAAAGCUUUCCAAAGAAAGAAGCUUUACCCCUGAAACCCCACUUGCUUCGCCUGCGAAACCUCCAUCCGGCCCACCCAUUUGCCAGCAUAUCCUCCUUUGCUGAUGCUGAAGGGGAGGAGAUAUUCGAUCAAGGAAUCAGGCUCCUCGAGCGCAAGGGAGCCGGCCCUUCCUCUUCGAACACUGCCCACGAGGGCAAUGGCAACGGCGACGGUUCGCCCGGGAUGGCACAGGCCUUUGGCAUAUCCUCCAGGACGGCAUUGGCGAUCUCAAUAUGCAUCACUUUCGCGGCCCUGCUGCUGCCCCUGGCCAUGAGGUCGCUGGGCCAAGGGAUGGCUAUGAAGACUUGGGUGCUGUCCUACGCGACGCUACUGUUCGGGUUCUACAUGGCAUGGAACAUCGGGGCGAACGACGUGGCCAACGCAAUGGGGACGUCGGUGGGGUCGGGGGCGCUGACGCUGCCACAGGCGGUGCUGACAGCGGCAGUGCUGGAGUUCUCGGGGGCACUGCUGAUGGGGACGCACGUGACCAGCACCAUGCAGAAGGGCAUCCUCAUCGCCGACGUCUUCAAGGGCAAGGAGACUCUGCUCUUCGCCGGCCUGCUCUCUUCUUUGGCCGCUGCCGGUACUUGGUUGCAGGUCGCAUCAUACUAUGGUUGGCCAGUAUCGACCACGCACUGCAUAGUUGGCUCGAUGGUUGGAUUCGGCCUCGUUUAUGGAGGAGCCGGCGCUGUCUUCUGGAGUUCGCUUGUGAGGGUCACAUCGUCGUGGGUUAUCUCGCCGCUGAUGGGCGCAGUGGUCUCAUUUCUCGUGUACAAAUGCAUCAGGAGGUUUGUGUAUAGUGCUCCGAAUCCAGGACAAGCGGCCGCAGCCGCUGCUCCCAUUGCGGUUUUCCUCGGCGUGACAGGAAUCUCCUUUGCGGCGUUCCCGCUCAGCAAGAGUCUUCCUUCGGCCCUAGCCCAGGCCUUGGCCUGCGGCACAGCCGGGGCCUUCCUCGUCAACCGCAUGAUCCAUAAGCAACUCGGCCACCUCCUCAACGAAGCCGAUUCGUCCCAGCCAAAGCCAGAGGAAUCCAUGCUCAAUAGAGAUGUCGGGUUUCUGUCGAACAUCGCGGGCCCCAAGGGUGCUCAGCUGGAAAUAGUGUACGGGGUCUUUGGGUAUAUGCAGGUUCUCUCGGCUUGCUUUAUGUCAUUUGCGCAUGGAGGAAAUGACGUCUCCAAUGCGAUUGGCCCUCUGGCUGGCGCGUUGUCCAUCCUCCAGGGCGGUGCUACUGGCGCCGAUAUAGUUAUCCCCAUUGACAUCCUUGCUUGGGGAGGCUUCGGCAUUGUGGCAGGCCUUAUGAUGUGGGGUUACAGAGUGAUUGCGACGAUAGGGAAGAAGAUAACAGAGCUCACGCCCACUCGUGGAUUCGCAGCCGAGUUCGCAGCUGCUUCAGUGGUCCUGUUUGCCUCGAAGCUGGGCCUCCCUAUCUCGGCCACGCACACACUCGUCGGCGCUGUGAUGGGAGUGGGGUUCGCGAGGGGGCUUAACAGCGUUAGAGCCGAAACCGUCAAGGAGAUUGUGGCUUCUUGGGCCGUGACGAUUCCAGUCGGCGCCGCCUUUGCUGUCUUUUAUACGUGGAUAUUGAUGAAGCUACUGUCAUACUUUUUUUGAGUGUAAAUUAACAGAUUUGACAGAUGCACACAGCUUCCUUAAAAUUACCAAAAUUGAUAAUUAUCGAAUUGCUGUCUUCUGGUCUGCCUACUAGAUUUGCUCUAUCGGUAUGAAGCUAAAACGGGUGAAUCAGGUUCUUUACUGGUUCCAAAUGAUUUUAUCUGGAACUGAAGCUGUCUUGUUUUCUCCCUGCUGAAUCACAAUCAAAUUGGAUAACCAUAC